AUGAAGCCAGUGCUCAUUUCCACGUUGUUGUUACCUAUAGCUCAAGGGCUUUCCGUCCAUAGCAUUACGUCAAGUAAUGUCACUGCCCAAUUCAGCAACCCUCCAAACAAAUACCGCCCUAAGUUCCGAUACUGGUUCCCUGACGCAUCCGUUACACAUGAAUCCAUUCAAAACGAUAUCCGUCAAAUUGCCGCUGUGGGAGGUGGUGGUCUUGAGUUCCUCCCUUUCUACAACUAUGGAUUGGGACCUGCGUUGACCGACUGGUCUAUAUAUGGAUUUGGUACAGACGCUUUCAACAAACUGUUCCAGGCAGCCCUGGAUACCGCGUCAACGCUUCAGCUAGCCUUUGAUUUUGCCUUCGGUCCCAACCAAGGCGCCGGAGUGCCGUCAGAGGUUGAGAGUCCCGGCUUAGCCAAGACGCUUGUGUACGGGAGUACCCAGAUUAAAUCAGGAGUCACUUUCUCUGGUGAGGUUCCCAAGCCUGUCGUUGACUAUAACUUCCUUCCGGGCUUCAUGAACCCACCAGAGCCGUGGGGUUCAAACGAGUUGCUGGCUGUCGUUGCUGGAAGAAUUGUCUCAGAAGGUAAUCUCGCGGACGGUCCAUAUUCCAAGCUUCCCUAUACGGUUUUGGAUCAUGACUCUUUAGUUGAGUUGACUAACGUCACGAACAACGGCGCUUUGACAUGGACAGCUCCAAAUGGUAACGGAACAUGGAUCCUAUUCGCCAUGUAUGAGCGUUAUACAAACCAGCGAAGCUGCGUAUCAGUUAAGAAUGCCACAACUGCACUGGGCAAUGGUUCUUGGAUCGUAGAUCAUUGGAGUGCAAGCGGCGCAAAGAAGACGACAGACUUUUGGGAUCAGCACAUUCUGUCCGUCCCUGAAAUAUCUAGACUCAUUCAAACAGUCACCAGCUACGCGUGGGAGGAUAGUAUGGAGAUCCAAGCCGCUCUUCCAUGGACACCAGAUCUUCCCUCGCGUUUUGAGCGAAUUCACGGAUAUAGUAUCAACAAGUACCUUCCAGUUCUAUUCCACACGACGAACUCGUGGGAUGCAUUGUGGGGCGCUUACAACAUAACCUACACGGUUGGCGACUAUUUCACGGACGGUGGCCCAUAUGUUCAAGAUUACAAGGUUGCUCUUAGCGAAGGCUACACAGAACACAUUGACCACUAUGCCAAAUGGGCAUCAAGCAAGGGGAUCCAGUUGUCCAAUCAGCCUGGUUAUAACCAACCUGUUGACAUGGCAGAAGCUAUACCACAUGUGCAAGUACCUGAACUCGAGUCCCUUGGGUUUAAGGACGACAUAGAUCUCUACCGGCAGUUCGUAGGCCCGGCUCAUCUAUCUGGUCGAAAUGUUAUCUCCACUGAAAUCGGCGCAAUCAAUGGAGCAGCAUACGUCCUUCGUGUCCCCAAACUGAAAAAUCUUUUUGACAAAUCUUACGCAACAGGGGUUAACACGAUGGUUGUCCAUGGCUAUGCAUACAGUGGUGAAUAUGUCGGGACUACAUGGCCCGGAUACACGCCUUUUCAAUAUGCGUACACUGAAAUGUGGAAUCAAAGGCAACCAGCAUGGUCGCAUCUUGAUGACCUGUUCACAUAUUCAGCGAGGAAUAGCUUGAUAAUGCAAUCCGGUACGCCCAAGGUGGACCUCGCUCUGUACUACUAUGAGAUUCCCUACGACUUUGCACAGCUUUAUUCAACAGCUGACGCAAACGCAAACGGUUAUACAUACGAGUACUUGGGGCCAAAGAAUUUGGUUUCUGAGCAAGCUGUUGUUGUUGAUGGUGUUCUUGCUCCCGAGGGACCAGCUUACAAGGCUCUCCUCAUUCACAACCAGACACACAUCUCGCCGGAUGCAUCUGCAGCGUUGCUGGAGUUCGCACAAAAUGGACUGCCUAUUUACAUCGUGGGUACAAUUCCAAACAUCACAGUUGGAUCUAUCGGACAAGAAGAGGUCUCGGCAAAUAUCAAUGAGCUACUACAAAACAAGAACGUGCGCGUUUUCGAUACCAAGGACUUUUCCACAUCGAAAAUUGCUGCAGAUGGGGUACAUGCUCGCACUCGAGUGGAGGGUACUACCAAUUCGUCGGACCUCUUCACUUUUUGGACGACUGACGCCACGUCGCACGCCGAGUAUGUCUAUCUAUACAACCAAGGAGCAGAUGGAGUGUUCAACAUCACAUUUGAUGUCGAGAAGAAUCUGGUGCCCCAAAUUUUGGAUUCAUGGACUGGUUCUCAGAUCUCAUCGGCAGCUUUUCAGAGAAGCUCUUCUGGCGUCCAUCUGAGCAUCCCGCUACAAACCCAUCAAACAACUAUAGUUGCAUUCAAAGCUGUUGCGCCAGCACAAGCAGGAAAGAACGUAGUCAGUCAUUCUUCUAAUGUGAAAAACGUCCAUUUCACAGAAGACAACUACUUGGAGGCAUUGAUCUCCGACAGCUCAUCAGCGUCGUUGUCCUUGAGCAACGGCAAGCACAUCACGCUUCCCAAAGCCAACGCGCAAAGCCCAGCAGCUACUACCCUGGGUCACUGGAAUCUUACAGUCCAAGCUUAUGGGCCUAUCCUCGACCGUGCUACAGUCGACCCUAACAUCACCACGAUCAACGUAGGCACACUUUCUCAACUAGCACCAUGGACGAAGAUCCCAGGUAUCGAACAUGUCAGUGGCAUCGGAACCUACAACAUGAACUUCAACAUCUCAACCGACAGCUCCACGUCCAUCACGCUAGACUUCGGCCCUAUUCUCCACACCAUCAAGGCGUGGCUAAAUGGCAAACAAGUCCCCGCCAUCGACCCGACGAAUCCUGUUGUUGAAGUUUCCAAGCUGGUUAAGAAUGGCAACAACGUCAUAAAGGUGGAAGUGACAUCAUCCCUGUUCAACGCUGUCAAAGUAAACAUUGACAGUGUCUUGAGUAUUGGAGGUGCCCCGACGAAUAAGACUGUCUAUACGAGCCAGGACUGGCAUGAGUUUGGACUUGUUGGACCUGUGCAGCUGAAAACUUACCGGAAGGUUAGAGUUGAGCUAUGA